AACAGAAGUUAGUGUAGAUAAAAUACGAAUAGUAAAAACAAGCACCAAUCCUUGUAAUUUAAAUAAAAAAUCGAAAAAUUGUUAAAAUUUUUCCAAUAAGGCCAAACUACCAUACUAAAAUUCUCAGUUGCUGUUAAAAGGUAAAUAAAAAGAUUUCCUACCAACAUUUUCAGUCACUGUAACAAUACAUAGAUAGGGAAUCUGUUCUGUGUUUGUAAAUUUACUUUUUUUAGAAUGUAUAAAAUUACAUAAUGCAAAGAGACUUGAGUAAAGUUGAUACUGGAUAUAAAAAGCAAGACUAUGAAACUCUUGAACUUACAGAAAACAAAGGUAGGAAGACAUCCUCCACAACCUUGGAAAAAUCUCAAGAACAUUUUGUAGCAGCCUCCAGAUUUAUUGACUUCUUUAAAGAAAGCACCAACAAUGGGGAAGCUGGUGCAGCCAAUGAAAUUGCAAAACGCAGACAAACUAUUGCAAACAAAUUUUGUUUAUCGCCAAAGAUUGAGUAUAAUGCAGACUCUUUUAAAUUGUAUCAGGAAAUUAUCAGUAAUAAAGCAAAGUCCAUGUAUAAAUCUGCUUUGGAAUCAUAUGAAACAGGAUCCUAUGAAUCAUGCUUUCCAUACCUGCAAAAGGCAUUGGUGAUGGAACCAAACAAUGUAAAAUACUAUGUGUUACGUGGUGAUGCCUUUUUGCAACUGUGUGAUUAUAAAUCAGCUAUAUUAAACUACAAAAGAGUAUGCAUCCUUGAACCAGAGAGUGAAGAGUACUUUACAAAACUUGCAUCUAUCUACUUCUUGCAAGGCCAGUGUUGCUACGAUGAAGAAAUGUACUUGGAUGCAUUAGAAAGCUUUACAAGAGCUGCAGAUAUGAAACCUGAAAAUAAAGAUUAUCAUGCGAAGAGGAUAUCGUGCCUUGCUUCGUUAAAACGUCAUCAAGAAUGUCUUGCUUUAAUCAAUGAAAGACUGGAGGUUGAAUCUAAUAAUCCAGAUUUGUUUAUAUUAAGAGCACGGCUCCACCUUUUUUCUGGUGAUUCAACACUGUCUUACUUUGACGUAAAAGAAGCACUUUCCGUGGACCCUCAAAACAAGGAAGCAGGUUCCAUGCAUCAGAACCUUGAGGAAAAUGCAGAACUCUGUAAAGAAAAAGCUAUAAAAUUUGAUAUGUGUGGCAAGCCUAAAGAAGCAAUCAUGAAGAUAUCACAUGCCAUUAAUAUAAAUCCUUCCGUUACAGAAUAUCUUGUGCUCAGAGCUGGUAUGCAUCGCCGGAAUCUUGACUUUAGUGCAGCGGUAGACGACUUGUUGUUAGCAAUGGAAAAAUUAAACCAUGACCCUGAUGUGGAACUUUAUGUUGCAUCUCAAAAGCAGUUAUUACUGACAUUUAAUGAUUUUGCUGUGGAUUGUUUCAAUAAGGGGUUUUAUGAAGAGGCUGUUGCUUUGUUAAAAAAAGCAAUUAAAGGUGAAAAACAAGACAAAGCUUUAUAUUCCAACAGAGGGGAUUGCUUCUAUAAGCUUGGGAAUAUACAUUUUGCCCUAUUGGAUUACCAACAAGCACAAGAAUUAGCUCCAAAUGACAAGAGUAUAAAUUUACGUUUAUCAGUUGUAUACAACGAUUUGGGAAUUAUGGAGUAUAAAGAUCGGAAAUAUGACCGUGCAGAAGAGUAUUUUUCACUAGCAAUAUCAUUAAAUAUAACUGUAUCAGCUUUUUAUUUAUCACGUGCUAGAUCAAGAUAUAUGCAAGAAAAAAUAGAUGAGGCAAAAAUAGAUGUAAUAUCUGCAUUAUAUUUCGAUGCAUCAAAUAAAGAAGCAUUUUCUAUGUUUGCAAGAUUAUUUCCUGCUCAAACAAUUGAAGAAGCAAUCAAAAGUGAUUUUGGGAUGCUUAUUAUCGAAGCCCUGAUAUUAGUCAUUCAAGAAAACAGUAAAGAUGAGAAAGAAACAGACCAUAUCAAUAAGGUAAAACCUUUGCCUGGUAUCUCUGAGCCACCAAAAGAAGCAGUUGUUUUGAAAAAAUGUAUGGAAGACAAACAGUUCAACUUCAGCAUUAUCAAGGGGAAGAAAAAGGUUAAUGAGCUUGUGGAAUCUGUUAUCCGUUCAAGGCAAGAUCUUUCAAGUCGUGGUCCAAAAAUAACUUCCCCACCUAAUCAUUCUAAAAAGUCUCAUCAAAAAAAGAUAAAUAUAAAGGCAUCAAGUUCAUAUAGCCAUUUAUAGUAGUAACCAGGGAUUUUAGUUUGAGGACACCCACAAAUCACACUAUUAUCAAACUAUAUCAUUUAUUUUAACAAAAUGCGAACAACUAGUGAGGAGUAUGUUUCGUGUUUUUUAUUGUUGUUUUUGUUGGUCACAAGAGGAGACGGGUGUAGUGUAAUACUUACCUGACUUACGUAAAGACAGUUGGCCACACAUUAUGGUUUCUGGUAUUAGUGUAGGAAUGAGCAUGUGUUGUAAUUUCAUUUUUAUUUGGUUUAAUUUGAUUGUAUGUGUAUAAUGUUUUCGAUGACCUAUUCAGAAGAAGGAGGUGUAAAGAAGUGGCUGUGUGUUGACAUGCAUGUUUUAAGUUGUUUGUGCAGUCAUUUGCAGGGUAAAUGGUGGGAAUGAUGUUAUAUGUGAUCUUGAGAAUCUAUUUGCGAAAGAGAUUCAAUGUGUUGGAAUACACACUAUAAUUCUCCAGAACAAUGAACAUUGCUCUGAUUUUAUAAUCAAUCCGACGAGUCCCAGUUGCUUUUGUUGGUUUUGGUAUUUCAUCAUCCCAAGCACAUCUUCUAAGCUCUUAAAUGUGCUUUGAUAAAUACUGGUACAGCUUGUAUAAUUCACUCAAUGGUUCAUCAAUUUUGAUAAAAGCAGUGUUUUUGAAGGCGUCCUUGAUUGCCAAUUCAAGACAGUGGUUUAAGCAAUGAUUUACCUGGAGCCAUGGCGAAUUUUCUUUGAUAAGAACUCCCAAUCCACCGUGAAAGCCAGUGUUCAGGUGGCUCAAUUACAGUGUACUUUAACACUAUCUUUUUAUUUUACAGUGUCCCUGGGCUGAUCCAUAUCACCUGAAAUCCCUUCAUAUUUUUGAUUUUUAAAGGGAAACUAAGGUCAAAAUUUUUUUUUUUCAUAAAAUGUUUAUUAUACUAUUUAAAAAAGAUACCUUAAAUUUUUUUUCAAAAAAAAUGUAUUUUUAUGAGGAUUUUAGAGUAAAAAGGUUAUUAUUUACAUCUCCGUUAGAGUACAUAAAAAAACUCUACAAUGGAGAGCAAUGACGUAUGAUCCGCGAGUGAGUAAGUGAAACCAUACUAUAAGGUUCGCCUGAUUUGAUGUAUGAAGACAUAAAAGAUGAAUUUUACUUCUUAAACAUUUUGUCUUUACUACUCAAAAUGCCAAGUUGCCUGGCAUAUGGAUGUUCGCAAACCACUGGGAGAAUAACUGCUAAAAAAAGUUUUUUCAUGAUCCCAAAGCCAGUGAAUACAACUGAAAAACUUCGCGCAGCACAAUGGUUGCAUAAUAUUGGUACUGGAUUUAAUGUAGAAACAUUUCCAUUUGGGAAAAAUAAAGUUGUAUGUGAAGACCACUUCCAUCCUGACUGCAUUAAAGAUGAUUUAAAAGGACGUCUAACGGGGAUACCAUCGAAACGGAAAGAGCUACUUUGUGGAGCAGUUCCAACUAUUUUUAAACACAAAACUUACGAAUUUAUUAACAUGGAUGGCACUACCGUAUUAAAUUACAGAUUUUACAAAUCUACAAAAGCUUUGAAUCCUGUAUAUUUUCCAUCUUUUUCUGGGAAACUUUCACGAAUUUUUUUCACAACGCAUGCCGGUAUAACAACUCUACAUCCUUUUCCCAGUGUUUCAUAGUAAUGCACCCAAGCCGUAUAUUGUCUGUAUGCUGAAAGCGUAGUUGUCUAAAAAGAAUAUAUGUUUUGUUGUUGUGGAACCUAGGCCUUACAAAAUGUUGUAUAUAUAUUUUUAAAUAUUCUUUGACUCACAUUCAGUAAACGAACUUUUAUGUAGAUAAAGAACGCAUUUUUUUUUUGCAUAUGAAGUAAUAUUUUAUAUUUGUUUUGAAAGGUAGAAUAAUAAGCUUACUUGUUUUGAAAAGAUUUUAUAUCCUUGAAAUUAUUUUGAUAUCUGCGAUGUCUAAUGCUUGCUGUCUCUAAUACGGUGCGAUUUAAACAAAGAAUAUUAAAAUCUUUAUGCAAGGUAAUACAUGUAUUCUCUUCCAGCUUUUCUCCCAGUAAAGUUGUAAACUCCAAACAACACUUGCAUUCUUUAACAGUCAUUAACUCGUGUAUAUCACAUUUUUUACACUUACACCAAUGUAAGUUUUCUAACCUGCUUGAGUCUAAAUCCUCAUCUUCGUCGUCGUCUGAAAUAUCAUUUGCAGUUUUUGAUGAACAAAUGUUUUUCAACUGACUUUCAGUAUAUUCAGGUUCGUUAUCAUAAAACCCUUUGCAAAUACUUUCAUCUGUUUCAGAACUAUAUACUUCGCUAUGUUCACUAGCACAACUACUUUCUUCGCUGCUAUCCAUGACUAAGUGAUUUUGAGUCUCGCAGCUCAUACGUCAUAAUUCUGUAUGGUUCACGAGGAACCGUGAAUGGAGUACACGGUUAAUUUCAGAAAACCUUAGAACUUUAAUGGGCUAAAACAGCCUAAAUAAUGAAAAUUAAGAGUUAAUUUUUUUUCAAUAGUUUAUUUAGAUGUUAUACAACGUUCUUAAUUUUUUUUUAACAACAUUUUUUUUUGACCUUAGUUUCCCUUUAAUUCCCAUCUUUUACACACUUUACAACGUAUGUGACAUCGUUGCCAGUUAAAACAAAUUCAAAUUUACAAUUGAACUCCUUCUCACACUUAGGAACUGUUUUGAGACUGGCUUUAUUGUCCUUGUUAAUUUUUGUCAACUUCGCAAUAGUUAGAAAGAAUCAACAACAAAAGAACCAUAGAAACACGUCAGUUCUAUGGGAAAAUCAUUCUUUGUAACAUAUAAUUUAUUAUUUGAUCAAACGACAUGCUCGAAACCAGUGAGAUGAGACGAAGUUAUGCAAUAAAACUUUGAAUCAUUCAAAAAAACUGUUGUGAGAAUCAAAACAAUAUUUAUGAUAUAGACUCAGGUAAAAAUAUGAAAAACUUAUAAUUUUAGGAUCACGAUUGUUUAUUUAAUGAGCAUUUUGAGAUCGCUAGUCUGUAAAACCAAUCACGAUUCGCGAAUCGCGAAUCGUGAUUAGCGAUCUCUUAAUUCGUUAGUUGGUGCCAUUACAACUUCUUCAGAUAAAUCUGUAGAGAUUCAUGAAUUCAUUUCAGUUACUUAAAAGCUAAAUUGGAUGUCAUCAAUUGGCAAACACCUUUUUUAUAUAAGUUAAAAAAAAGAAGUAGCUCAACUUUAGAACUGGGAGAAAACAUUUAGUCCAUGUUUGCAUGAGUAGUCUGAUUGAUGUAAAUCAUAACUCUUUUAAAAUGUAGAUGUAAUUUCUGAAUACUGUAAAUAAACAACAAUUUUAAGCAAUUUAAUUUUACAUUUUUGACAUUAGAUAAUUACCUGCUAAACAAAUAGCAUAGUAUUGCUGUUUUGAGCUUUGAAUCAUUGUGCUUAAUUUCUUUCAAAUCUGAAUGGAAUUCUCUAACAUUCUUAUCCUUUCUGAGGUAUAAUUCAUGUGCAAGUUAUGUAAUGUCUGUUUGUUUAUGUUAUGUCUGGCUGUACUGUUUAAUUUGAUACUUCAUAGACGAUUACCCCUGAGCCAUUGGAACAACCAUUGGAAGAGAGAAAUCUCUCUUCCAAUGUAUUUUUCUGUUUGCAGCAUGGCAAAAUUUGCAUUCAUUAUCAUUUUUAUCUUUUACUGUAAACCAAACAUAAAAAAUCUGUUUUCACAACACAUUGGUCUAAAAUUCAUGUGCAGUAUUCUUGUGUGUGUCUAUUCUAAUCUUGUACACAACCAGCAACUCUAAAUACAAACUUUCUUUUGUUUAUGCAAUAAAUUUAUUACGCACCAGAGAGAAGUAUGUAUAGCAUUAAAAAAAACAUUGCAAGGUUGUCAUUGAUGUGAUACAGGUAGAUGUGUAUUGAAUGAAUUUUUUUUUCAAUUACAAAAAUGAUUUAAAAAACAGUUAUUCAUGUUGACCAUUUCAAUUUUUCUGUUUUUAGUACUUCAAAGUUGGCUUGUACAUCUUAUGUAGUAAAAUGUAAACAGUGUUGGUGUACAAGUCUACUACUUUAAUAUCCUGGAAAACAGUUGUAUGUGUAAUGAAACCAGACAAUGGAAUAUAAAUUUAAAUUUACCAACGCAUGGAUUUGCUAAAUUAACUGAUGAUUUUUUUAUAUACCAUAUACCAAAAGACCCUGUGGGCAUAACUCACCAUUUGUCCUUAAUUUUUGAUUUUACAGGAGAGGAAUAAAAAUUACGAUUAUUUAAUGUAGUAUAUAAAAUCGUCUGCAUAUUUAUUACAUUGUUUCUAAGAAACAGAUUUCUUGUCUAUAGAGGAGAUGUUCCCACGCCCAUUUUUAACUCUAUAAUGCUUUUCAACGAGUGUUCUGUUGUUACGAAUGAUCCUCUUUACUUUAAGUGUUGCUGAUAGUACCACUGGUCUGUAAAAUUACAUUUCUAAAUAUAUGAAUAUAAUAUAUUUUAAAUGUAAGUAUGUUAAUAUUUAUCAAGUUAUGUUAGUAUUACCUGGUUAAGAGAAAUUUUUGUAAAAAUAUGAUUAUAUUUUUUCUAUAUAUGUAUGCAAAGAUAUUCCUAAAAGAAUUCUA